GACGAGCAGCCUCUUUCAGCUUCCACAUCCUACUGCGACAUUCUACACAUCAGUAGAAUAAAAUUGUAGAGUACGUGUUCAGCUUUCACUCUGAUCACCAUGUCAGAAAACAAAUUAUCAUUCAGAGCUUUACGACUAGCCAACGAACAACGGACUGCUUAUGGUCUUCGGUAUAAUGACUUCACGCGAUACAGGAAGCAUUGUGCAAAUAGGACGCAUCGUCUUAGGUCCACCCUCAAAACGACCCAUGGCAAGGGCAGGGAGUUCAAGAAACUGCCUCCCUUAAGUACAGAUAACAUCAAGGAUGGACACUUGGAGCUUCUACUCUUCGAAUCAGAACGUGCUUGGGCUUACUCUCAGGAUCUCGCCACUCAAUCUCUACAGCCAGCCAAUGACGCCCAAGCUGGCACCCUGCGACAUAGUGCUACAGGACGCUUCCGCCGUGCAGUACACUGGUCGACGCAACUUCUCUCGCACUGUCAAUCUCUAUAUGCAUCUUCACGCCUCUCUGCAGAAGGGCUCAUGCAAAUUACCAUCUACACUCUCAUCCUCAACGGCCGCUUCCUGCGUUACCGAGACAACUUCGAGGACGCGGUGAUCCAGCUCAGCGUUGCAAGGCACCUUCUCGACGAACUCGCUGACCGUGCUGCAACAAGCAGGGACCAGGCUCUCGCGACGGUCUUUGCAGAUGAAAUCGGCCCUGAAAUCAGAUAUUGUGCGCAUGAGCUUGGAAGGGAGAAGGCGUAUGAUGUGGAUGCGAUCGCUGUUGAGUUAUCGGAGAAGCAUCGAGGAGAGAUCGUCGAGGGAUUUGAUGCUUUGAUUCAGAAAUUUAGGCAGGAGGGAGAGGUUGCUGGGAAAGGUGAGGGGAGGAAAAAGCUGGCGACAUUGAUGUGGGAAGGUCAACCGGUGCCGGUGCGCAAUCCGGAGUUGGUGGAUGUGUUGCUUAGGGUGCAGGAGGCAGAAGCGAAGAUUAUUCAGUCUCGUGAGCCUGCUCGCGCAGAGAGUACCAGUGAUAAGGGUAGAAAGAAAGGCAGGUCGGGUGGUCAUGGGUCAAAGAAGGGCGUUGCCGCAUAUGACGCUAUUCUCCUCGCUCUUAGCGAUGCCGAAGAGGUGGCCAGGAAACUUGUCGAAGCACAACAGAACUCUGGAAGUUCAUCUACCUCUGCAGCUGGAACGCGUGAUAUUCACUUUGUUCAUGCCUACAUCGUCUAUCAAUUACUCUCUCGACGGAUCCAGCGUGACCUCCUCCUGGUUUCUGCUCUGCUCACCUCACAUCGGCCACAGGCAUCCGCAAAACCAAAGAAAGAGCAUGUCGACGCUCGACUUUAUCCUGCAGUGGUCAAGCUCCUGGACACUGUCAUCCAAAGUCUUGCCCAGAUGCGCAACUUGAGCAUCGUAGACGAGAGCCCUGACCUGGCGUCUGCUGUCGAGGCCCGCCUUACAUCCACCAAAGCCAGGAGGUGUUCUUAUCUUGCGCAGUGCUAUGUAGCCGUGAAAAAAUAUGCCGAGGCACUCUCAUUGAUCCAACACGCAAGCAUCUAUCUCCGUGAAACGCGUUCUACACUGUCCAUCUUCUCAGAAGACCCUAUUUCCUCCGGAUCUUCCGCUUACUAUCCACUCACGUCUUCCGAUCUCGACGCUCUAGAGUCCAUCAUCACUCAAGACGGCCUGACGAUUAAAAACGAAUGGUUCGCACACAAUGGCGGCUCCAUCGAUGCGGACAAUAAGACGUACAAGAAACCAUUGUUUUUCGAUAUCGCGUUAAACUACGUGCAGUUGGAUAUGGACAGAUUGCAGGAGAGAGCUGGGAAGGUGCCUGCACCGGCGCUUGUUCCUGUUCAAGUCGUUCCUGCAAAAUCACGUUUGGAGGAGGUGGCGAGACCGGAAACGCCAGAACCACAGGCGCCUGCGAGGGGAGGACUUAGCAGUUUGCUUGAGGGAUGGUGGGGGCGGAAGUGAGGUACAACAAUGUGAAAUUUUAUUAAGAUAUAUGCUUAGGUGAAUAGUCAAGUACAGUAUAUUCAUACACAAAGCAAAAGGGCAGCAUAUUGUCCGACAGCUAUAUCAAAAAAGAAGCUCCGCACAAUCAUGGCGUGAUGAACUAAGAUGCAAAGGACUUGUCAGAGACAUUCACCAGCAAUUAGCAGCGA